GAGCGCGAGAGCGAGCGGAUGGCGGCGGCGGCGGCGGAGGGGGUGGGCGGCUUGCUGCGGUUCCUGAGGCUGGUGGGGCAGCUCAAGAGGGUGCCGCGGACGGGAUGGGUGUACAGCGGCGUGGAGAAGCCGGAGAGCGUGUCCGAUCACAUGUACCGAAUGGCCCUGCUGGCGCUGGUGGCCCAAGACAAGACCCUUAACAAGGACAGAUGCAUACGAUUAGUUUUGGUUCACGAUAUGGCUGAAUGCAUCGUUGGAGAUAUCGCUCCUGCAGAUAAUAUCUCCAAAGAGGAGAAACACAGGAGAGAAGAGGCAGCUAUGCAACAACUGACCCAGCUUCUGUCAGAUGACCUCAGAAAAGAAAUCUAUGAACUCUGGGAAGAAUAUGAAAAUCAGUCUACUGCAGAAGCCAAGUUUGUAAAACAGUUGGAUCAGUGUGAGAUGAUACUGCAAGCAUUUGAGUAUGAGGAGUUGGAAAAGGCACCUGGCAGACUACAGGAUUUUUAUGAUUCAACUGCUGGAAAAUUUGUUCAUCCAGAAAUACUUCAGCUUGUGUCUGUGAUUAAUACAGAACGGAAUCAAAAAAUAGCUGCUGCAUGUCAUCCACGUUCCUAAGGUGUUCCUAAACAGCUGUAGCUAUAUUAAACUUUUUUUUGAUUUUA